CGGUUACUACGCCAAAAAAUGCUACUCAAAGCCGUGCUAAUAAUUUCCGUAACAACCACCUUCGCGUUCGAAUCCCAGAAAUCGACCGCCGAGAUUUUCGACGCGUGGAAGAUCCGCAUCGAGCAAGAGCACCCCGAGUGCGCGAAAACGUCGGGCGUGUCGGACGAAGAGCUCGACGGACUGUUUCGGCAGCACCGACUGUCGUCCAGCAGAAACUUCAAGUGUUACCUGCACUGCAUUGAGAAGGUUUUCAAUUUCGUAAACGACGACGGUAGCCUCAAGAAACAGGAAAUUAGCGACGGCGUCGAGAAGGCCACCGUUGAUGUGGUAGACCUGUGCGGGGCGGGAGUGGGCGAUGCGACGGAUAUGUGCGAAAAGGCCUAUACAUUUCUCACCUGUCUGUUGAAUUUGUACGUAUAAUUUAUUGGAGCUGAUAGUUAAUACAAUAGUCGGCCUCGGCCGUUAGCAUGUUUUAUAAAUAAAAUCU